CCUAGGGCUUUGCGAUGAGAGAGAGAGAUGAUUUGUUCUGGAUCCCGCUGCGGCGACGACGUCGACAUGAAAGUUUGUGAAUCAAAGGAGAAGAAGCCGAAAACGAAGAGGCGCAAGUUGCAAUCGAAAAACGGCAUGAGGGUUUCGGAGAAAUCGAAAAGGAAGAAGAAGCGCAAUUCACUGAAAUCAGAAACUAGGGUUUCAAAAAUUGAAACAGAGGAGGAGAAAAUGGAGAGGAAGCGCAAGACAAGGAUCGCUAUAUUGAAGGAGAGAGAAGUGAUCAUGGGAGGCACCGCAGUCGUAUUUGACAGAGAUGAUCCAGACACAUGUAUUCUUGGAGGGUAUCUCAGAAAACUUGUCAACCUAGCAAUCAAUUUCUAUAACGAAAAAAACAGCACAAAUUAUCAUUUGGUGCACAUGAUCAAAGCAAUCCAGUCUCUAUGCCAGGGUUCGGUUUUCAGUAUGACAUUUACCGUGAAGUGUCCCAACCAAGAUGAUUCCGAUGCCAUAACUUUAGACGCAGAGGUUUAUAGGGGAAUCCCAGACACUGUAGUACACCAUGUUCGUGUGCUUGACGAUGCACCUGCUAUUUCACCUCUUACUGCUUAGCUUCUAUCUAUUGGUGAUUCCAGCCUCUAGAUCUCAGUCGUUAUUCCAGCCUCUAGCUUCUGCAAUAUUAACUAGUGUUAAUAUUCAUGUAAUCGAACAUGUUAACUAACUUUAUUCGUGUGCAUCUAGAAUCGCUCACUUAUUUGUGAAAACAAAAAUGAUGCUCAAUGUUGUCUGUAAUGCUAUGCUUGAUGUAUUUUGACGAUUUGCUUGCUCUAUUGCUUUAUUUUGUGCUAGUCCAAUUUA